AUGGACUGGAAGUUGUUUGUCUCCUAUGAUACAGAUCCAAGAACAGAGCCUGAAGCAAUAAGUGUACGACCGGAGAGGGACUGUCUUUUCUUUGAAUCCACGGAAGAGCUCUAUAAAUUCAAAAUUAAAGAUCCCGAAACAAACUCUUAUCUUCGAGAGAACAUGGAUACGAAACUUGUUUAUAAAGACGGCGAAGAUGAAGGCACCGUUUUUUUCUUUGAAAAACAUGGAAAGGGAAACGCCGAAUGGUUUUACAUUAAAUCAGAAUCCGAUUACUACUGGAGGUCAAGAAGUUCCACUGAUAACGACGCUGCCUCUGUAAAACUGAAAGAAGAAGUAACUGAAGACAAAAAUAAACCAAGAUUUCAAUAUAUGAUACAAGAAUGUAUUUAA